CGGACUUUUGAAAAUCUCAACUACUCAGAACAGAGGAAAGAUGUGGCGAGCGUUUAUUUGCUUCUGAUAUUAGCUGGAUGAUAAGAUAUAAAAAUAUAGAGCCCGCCGGGGUAUCGAUCGCGGUUUAACCUCGUUAUAAAGAAUCAGAGGAACAGAAUCGAGACGCAACUACAACAUGGCUAGCGAUACUCUGACGCAAAAGGACUCGUCGAUUGUUAUUGUCGGAGCAGGUGUUUUCGGUCUCAGCAGCGCAAUUCAUCUAGCGCAGCGAGGGUUCAGCAAUGUGACUGUUUUCGACAAGCAGCCGUACCACGAGACUCUUUAUGACUUUGAGAAUGGGUGCGAUGCUGCAUCAGCUGACUGCAAUAAAAUUAUCCGCGCUGCAUACGGCGAUGAAACCUGGUACCAGAAUCUAACACUCAAUGCGAUCCAGCAAUGGAACAAGUGGAAUGACUCCCUGGCCCAAGGCCAAAAGCUACCACCGGGAUUGACCACAAACGAUCGCAUCUACGUGAACUGUGGGAACUACCACAUUGGUGAUGAAGGACCCAAUCCAUUCGAGCAUCGCUCAAUCGUGAAUCUCACCAAGGCCGGGCUGGGCCAUACACAGUACCUUUUCCAUGACGCCAAGGAAGUGGAAAGAGCCAAAUCGGAUGGACGUGGACAUGCAGUAGAUCCAUUCCAUUUGUCGAAAGAUGGGGAAGGAUACCAGAGUUACUUUGAUGCUGUGGGUGGGUUUGUAUAUGCCGACAAGGCAUGUCGAUAUGCCUUGCAUCUAGCACAAGAACUCGGGGUCAAGUUUGUCCUCGAUAAACAAAAAGGGCUCUUUGAGCGCUUCUAUGAACCCAAUGGAACCGUCCAGGGAAUAGUCACAUCCAACGGCGCAAUCCACAAAGCUGUCUUGACUAUCAUCGCCUGCGGCGGCUGGUCUCCCAGCAUCCUCCCCGAACUCGACGGUCUCUGCGAAACCACAGCAGGAUCAGUCGCGACAAUCCAAAUCCCAUCGAACAACCCGCAACUCCGAGAGCGCUUCUCACCCGAGAACUUCCCCGUGUGGCAAUAUAAAGUCCGCGCGGGAGCAAACGGGAACCUCUACGGUUUCCCCAUUGACGAAAAGGGCGUGAUGAAGCUUGGAUAUCGCGGAACAAAGUAUACGAAUCCGCAGGUGCAGUCUAACGGUGCAGUCCGCAGCGUGCCUAUUACCCGAUGGACUGCACCGGAAACUACCACGGGCCUCCCUGAAAAAUCAAUGCAAGUUAUUCGCACGUUUCUGGAUACUUAUCUCCCAGAGCUGCGAGAGAAUGGGCUACAUGUCACGGGGACCCGGCUGUGUUGGUACACUGACUCGUUUGAUAACCAGUUUGUGGUGGACGCGGUGCCAGGAAAGGCCGGUGUUAUGAUAGCCACGGGAGGAAGCGGCCAUGCAUUCAAGUUUCUUCCGGUGCUAGGAAGCUUCGUCGCUGAUCGCAUCGAAGGUGGUGCCAAGAGUGCCGUUGGGAAAGAGAUGUUACAACGGUGGCGAUGGCGAAGUCUCCAGGGUGGCGAGAAGCCAACAAAUGCUAUUAUGAAGGGACUAGAUGAUCCCAACGCACUACAACGAGUAAAUUUGGUGCAGAACUUGAAUGCUAGUGCCAAGCUGUAACAUUAUUCUGUGAGUGGUAAUAUAACUCGCAUCAAGGAAUGCCCUGAGCUCGGUUAUAUAUAUAUAUAUAACCGCGAGAUACAUGUAAUCGUGGGGAUGGUUCACUUCGAAGGCUGCGGCCACCGUUGGAAAGGCUCUAGACUAGCCAGAUUGAGAUUAGACAAUAGCAGCCGGAUGGACAGUUUACAGGCUAACAGCCAGAAUGCAUGAUCAAAAAGUGCAUCAAUAUCUUUGGGCUUGUCAUACCAUACUACUUAUGUUGCUGAGCAGGCUUGCACCACUGGUGGGAAUAUAGAUGGUCUGUCAACUGUUUUUAUGUGUACUACUCGACCAUCGAGGAUGGCUUCUCAAUAAGGAGAUUGAUGAUUCGACCGAUAUUCCAGAUUG